CCUCGGCCAUGUCGCGCGCCCGCUCCUCGCUGCCCACGCUCAUGCGCGCCCUCGCCCUGCGCGACGCCCCCACGGCCGCCGCCGCUGGCCCGUCGUGCGCACGGCGCGCCCUCUCGGCGUCGGCAAAGGCACCCGCCGCGGCCGACCCGCUCGCGCCCACGCAGACGCAGCCAUACCCCUUCUCCUCCAGCGCCAUCGUGCGGCAAGUCGGCCUCAUCGCGCCCGACGGCAUCACGCCCGCGCCCACCGUCAAGUCGCCCCUGCGCGGCACCAUGGCGCGCCUCACGGCCGAGCUGCGCACGCAGUACGACAGCACCGGGCGCAUCUCGCAGAUGUUCUCGCGGCGCUCCGCCGCGCGCAUUCCGCCGGGCAGCGUGCUCAUCGUCGAGACGUGGACGUCGGCGGCGCGCACGGGCUUCAGCACCUUUUCCGGCGUGCUCGUCGCCGUGCGGCGGCGCGGCGUGGCGAGUGCCUUUGUGCUGCGCACCCUCGUGCAGAAGCUCGGCGUCGAGGUGCGCUUCGCCAUGUACUCGCCGCUCCUCAAGGACAUCAAGGUGCUCUCCCGCGCCGACGCGGGCAAGGACGACAAGACGGGCCGCCUGCGCCGCACGCGCCGCGCAAAGCUCUACUACCUGCGCCACGACGACCGCAAGAUUGCCGGCAUCUCGCGCGUCGUGGCGCAGAUGCGCCAGCGCGAGGAGCGCGAGCGGCAGGAGGCGGCAAACAAGCGGGGCGGACGCAAGUAGGCGAGGGGGAAGAAUGCAUGAGUAGCAGAA